UCGACCAAGAGACGUCUCAGAUGUCUGCCGCGACGAGCGACUGGAUCGCCGCCGCCUCGAGCGGCGUCGUCUCGCGCAUCGACGCCGCGCUGCCGGUCCUCCUCGCCUCUGGCCGCGGCGCCGCCGCCGCCGACGGCGAGGGGCUGAGCGCGCUGCACCACGCGGCGGAGCGAGGGCACGCGGCGGCGGCGCGGCGGCUCCUCGCGCUCGGCGUCCCGGUCGAUGUCCGAGGCCGCGGCGGCCACUCGUCGACGCGGCGCGUCCCCGUCGGCCACGAGCAUGUGCCUCUGCGCGACUUCACGCCACUGCACGCCGCAGCGCUCGCCGGGCACUCUGACGUUGUCGUUCUGCUCCUCACGCACGGCGCCGACCCGGACGCUGCGGAUCGGAGCCGGCUGACGGCGCUGCACUGCGCGGCAGCCGCCGGCCGCGCCGCUCCCCGAGCGCUCCGGUCGCUCCUCGAGGCGGGGUGCGGCUGCUGCCUCGACGCUCGCUCGGCCAGCAACGCGACGCCGCUCGACGUCGCGCGCCAGGCGGCGGCGAGGGCGCGCGGCGCGGAGCAAGUUCCCGCCAACGAGGCGAUGCGGCUCCUCGAGGCGGAGGCGCGCGCCGCCAACAAGUGGCUGCGGGCGGCGCGGCGCGGCGACGCGGGCGCUCUCCGCGGCUGCGUGACGGCGGGCGCGGCGCCACGCGUCGCCCCCGUCCGCUUCGGCCCCGCCCCGUCCUCUGCGCGCGGGGAGCGAGUCUCCUCGCUCAGCGUAUACACCGCCUCGAGCCCGCCCGCGCUGCUCGUCGCCGCGGCGGGGGCGCGCGCGGAGCGGCGAUGCACGGAGCUGGGUCCGCGACGCUUCUCGGAGCCCUUUCCCCCGUAGGCGGGCGCGCACGCAGAGGCGACCCGCGUCCUCCUCUCCGCCGGCGCGGACCCGAACGUUGCGCUGCGCCGGCGGUCGGGCUCGUGGCGGAGUGGGGCCACGCCGCUCGCGGCGCUGCUCGCCAGCCUGCCGUACGAGGCGCUGCUCACGGGGAGACGCGGCUCUGCCCUCCCUCGGCGGCUCGACCGCCCUCUCCCCUCGUCGCUCUCUGCCGAGGGCGAAGCGGCGCAGCGGCUCGACGCCUGCUUCGCCGAGACCGCCUCUGCGCUGCUCGGCGCCGGCGCCGACCCGCUCGCCGCGCCGCCGCUCGGCUGGCUCGACACGGAGGAGGGGCGGGCGCUCUUGCCGGACCUGGCCGCGCGCGUCCUCGGCGCGAGGCGGCGAGCCCACAACCGCUACCGCUGGAGGCUGGUCGCGAGGUUGGGGGGGGUGCUGGGCACGUGGCGGCUGCGCGCGGCCGCGCGCUGCUACGCACCGGGCGGCGCGGGCGCGAGCGCGGCGGCGGAGGACUUUGCGGAGCGCGCUGCGGGCAAGGUGAGCAGUAGCACGGGGUGCCCUUGAGUGCUCAGCCCCUUGGAGUGUGAACCUGUGAAGGCUUCGAGCCCUCCGGUCUACUAGCCCUCCAGUGUGAAGAUCCGCAGGACUGGAGCGAAAAAAAAGAAGCGAGUGCUGAGUGCUUAGAACCGC